GAGGCACCAUCCAAUCAUUUCCUCGAGCAGGCAUCAAACAUCGACGAAACCCACGCACUUCUGUUGCAGGACUAGCUAUCCAGAUCCAACAUCGCUGACUGCCUAUGAAGUCUUCGAGCUUGUUGUGAUAAUUGUGCCAGCCAUUCUGAGCCAGCCUUUCCCCACAUGCAAUGUCAGACGAAACUCCCAGCCGUCUUGAAAACGAGAUCGAGCUUCUCACAGCAAUAUUCCCAGACCAGGCCACCUACUGCCCCAGAAGCCGAGAACUCAAAUUCAUACAAGACCAAGCAACACUCCACCUCCGCAUACCAGACUCCUACCCAGAUUCAGGCCAACCCGACAUCCUAGGCGCAAUCGACGCAUCCAAACAUGACAUCAGAACAGAGACGAAAGCAGCCGUCGCGGUCCUUAACCUACCAGUAGGCGAAGAAGCCCUCGACGCAAUGAUCGCAGCGUUCCAAGCCAUCAUCUCAGACCGUCUGGAAACCUCCAGCAUAGCGUCCGCAAAGUCCACAAGAUCCGUCAGCGAAGUGCAUGCAGAUCGAAACGCCAAGAAAACUGUGAUCAUAUGGCUCCACCACCUCCUCAACACCAACAAGCGUAAACUUUGCCUCUCACCGUCGUUUGCGGGGAUCACGAAACCCGGGUACCCAGGGGUUUUGGUUUACUCGGGACCAGUGGCGGCGGUCAAUGCGCAUGUCAACCAGUUGAAAAGUCAGAAUUGGGCUGCUUUUCAGGUCAGGUUUGAAGAAGAGGUUGAGUGGCGGUUCACGCAUGGUGAGGGAGUCAAGGAGGUGGAGAGUAUGGCGGAUGUGGUGAAGUUGCUUGAGUUUGAAGAUGAUGGUUCCGCCAUGAAGGGUGCGCAGAAGGGCAAGAGUGGGGUCAAGGAGGGGAUGAAGCAGAAAGAGGGAUUCUUGAGGGCGGUUGGGAUCAAAUCAUAACAGCGGUCGUGAAGAUGAAGUUCCUGAUCAAUAUAGUCGUGAUCGUGGUCUGGGGUCCAGAACCUCAGUUUCGAAUUGGCGAUGAGCUGGCACUUUGAUUCUGCCCUGACUUUGAACAAGAGGGACUCGACAAUGAAAGAACGCCGUAGCAUGCUAGAUAUCUCGAGUAUCUCAUAAUGUAAUAAACCUUCUACAAGC